AUGGCAUCAACUAACAGUAUGGCAAUAGAGACCGCUCCGGCCCAUCAACUGUCCUCUGUUGAGAAGUCCACGCAAGAGACUACACAUGUAUUCAAGGAAACGGAACGAUGGAACCAUCCCAGACGCAACAUACUCAAGACAUUAGCUACCUUCUGGAGCUUUCUGGUAAUGGGAGCGAAUGAUGCUGCAUACGGGCCGUUGAUUCCAUAUCUCGAAAAAUAUUACAACCUCUCCUAUACUGUCGUCUCUCUUGUCUUCCUGUCGCCACUCGGUGGCUACACCCUCGCUGCCCUUCUCAAUAAUAAAAUUCAUACGAGGUUUGGCCGCCGCGGAGUGGCUUGGAUAUCUCCGGGAUGCCAUUUACUGGCUUAUAUCGUCAACUGCCUUCAUCCUCCGUAUCCAGUCCUCGUUGUCUCGUUUAUUUUCGCGGGAUUUGGGAACGGCCUAGCCGAUUCAGCGUGGAACGCCUGGAUAGGCAAUAUGGCCAGUGCCAAUCAACUUCUGGGACUCCUACACGGACUCUACGGCGUAGGAGCAGUGCUGAGCCCAUUGGUAGCCACUUCGUUAAUUACGGAGGCAAAGGUCCCAUGGUACUAUUUUUAUUACAUCAUGAUUGGUUGUGCCGCUAUGGAGCUCGCCUUCUGCGUGACUGUCUUCUGGGAUUCCACAGCAGUAGCCCUCCAAGAUACUUACCAUCACGAGGACACCCAGCCAGGGGGCCUGCGCCGAGCCCUCUUCAAGAAGCAGUACGCCUGGGUCACAUGGAUCUGCGCCUUGUUUCUGCUCGGGUAUGUGGGGAUCGAAGUCGCCCUGGGUGGGUGGAUUGUGACCUUCAUGAUGCAAGUACGGGAUGGAGGGGAUUUCGCUAGCGGCAUGACUGCUACCGGGUUCUGGCUAGGUAUCACCUUUGGUCGGGUUAUACUGGGUUUCGUGACUCCCAGGUUGGGGGAGAAGGUGGCCAUAGUUGUAUACUCCCUCCUCGCAAUAGCCUGCGGUCUUAUCCUCUGGCUCGUGCCUAACUUCUAUGCCUCGGCGGUAGCCGUCUCAUUCCAAGGAUUCUUCCUUGGCCCCUUCUUCCCGGCAGCAGUCAUAGUCGCCACUAAAUUACUCCCGCGAACCCUACACGUCAGCGCCAUCGGCUUUGCAGCGGCAUUCGGGGGAGGUGGGGCAGCUGUACUACCCUUCGUCGUCGGAGCCAUAGCACAGGCCCGCGGAGUGCAGGUUCUACAGCCAUUUAUCAUUGGCCUGUCCGGGGGAAUCCUACUGCUAUGGCUGGGACUCCCACGAAUGCCCAAAAAGGGGGAACCCAAACGUGACCUGAAUGCAUCAUGUGCUAUUCAUCCAUAA